CUGAACUAUCCACUAGAUUGGAUGUAGAAUUAUGUUAAUCAGAAGAUUUAAUAGAUAUUUUUCAAAAAUGGAAGGAGCUAAAAAAAUCGUGCUUGACCCAUUCUGCUUCAAACAAUUUGAACCAAAGGAAGAUGGAACUCCUGCAGCCAUUGAUUUCAAUAAAGAAGAGCUCACUGAGAAGGUUAACUCUUACUACAUUGAAAAGGGAACUGACUGCUUAAAGCCAGGAUAUGCUCCAUUCUGUAAGCAUAUUUUCAUGGAGAAUUUUACUCCAGCUCUCCAAUCGACUGCUGAAAUCACUGAUGAAAACAAGGGAUUGCUUCAGUGUGCUUAUGAAGCUAGGAGAGAAAAUGAGUUGGCAGUACUGACCAGAUGGUUCCCUCAAGAGCACAUCACCGCUACUACUGCAAAGUAUCUAGACAUUAUUCUCUACAGCUACGAUCAAGUGCAAUCUGAGAAUGAGUCUAUGAGUACUGAAGACCCUAAUAAGGAUAUUGGAUAUGAUUACGCAAUUAUCUCCAUCAAACCCCAAGGUGUCGACUUUGAACUCCCCAUGCAGCCCAUCACAAUGAUGAGAAACUCUUUAGGAAAGGAAUAUGGAGGCUCUGGAGUGCCUUUUGAUGAAGAUAAGUACAAAGAAAGUGUCAAGUACUGGGAAAGUAACGCUCUUAUCAAGUAAAUCAAUCAUGGA